CGUUAAUCCGACAGAGAUUGGUUUUACAGCGGAGCCGUUAUUGAGAAAGAGGAGGGCGAACCGAACCAAAACUCCUCAAACACCGAGUGUAAGCUUCAGAAAUGAACUAAAUAGAUCGAUGAAAACAGAGUUAAAGAGCUGCGGAACAUGCGAGCUGAACUUUUUAGAGGAGAAGUUAGUUUUGUUUGUUUAGCCGGAGGCGCUGAGAGUUGACGGGUCGGAGCCAACAUGGAUGUCCUGGGAGCAGCGGGGCUCCACUGAGGAAGACUUCAGGCUCUUUCUGAGCUCCUGGUGCCAAAGAGUGUUUCUGUUACCGCCGGGGAAGCAUCUGGAGCAGGUUCACCAGGGGUGUGAAUACUUAACAGCAGCGAUCCGUUCCAGAUGUUCAGGCUGUGGAGGAGAGACGUGCCGCAGCCAGAGAGGCCGGCUGGCGACUUGCCUCUGGUCGGUUUGCCCGAACCUCCGCUGACCGUUGUCCCGAUGGGGCCAAAUAUCUCUUGGUUCCCCGAAGCCCCGCUGCUUGGGACAGACCAGCCCACCUUUCUGAUGUCCCCGGCUACGCAGGCGGUGUCUGGCUUCUUUGUCUGGACGGCCCUCAUCCUCACCUGUCACCAGAUCUACAUGCACCUCCGUUUCUACAGCUCACCAAGAGAGCAGCGCCAUAUUGUGCGGAUCCUCUUCAUUGUUCCCAUCUACGCCUUUGAUUCUUGGCUCAGCCUGCUCUUCUUCACCAAUGACCAGUACUAUGUGUACUUUGAUACAGUCAGGGACUGCUACGAAGCGUUUGUAAUUUACAACUUCCUGAGCCUGUGCUAUGAGUACCUGGGAGGAGAGAGCGCCAUCAUGGCAGAGAUUCGAGGGAAACCUAUAGAGUCCAGCUGUAUGUACGGUACCUGCUGUCUCAGAGGAAAAGCUUACUCCAUAGGAUUCCUCAGGUUCUGUAAGCAGGCCACGCUGCAGUUCUGUGUGGUCAAGCCUCUCAUGGCCAUCAUCACUGUGGUCCUGCAGGCCUACGGCAAAUAUAAAGAUGGAGACUUUAAUGUUGCCAGCGGAUACCUGUAUGUGACCAUCAUCUACAACAUCUCAGUCAGCCUGUCUCUCUACGCCCUGUUCCUCUUCUACUUUUCCACCAGGGAGCUUCUCAGCCCCUACAGCCCGAUGCUCAAGUUCUUCAUGGUCAAAUCUGUCAUCUUCCUCUCCUUCUGGCAGGGCAUGUUGCUGGCCAUCUUGGAGAAAUGUGGAGCGAUCCCGCAGAUAAACUUGCCGGAGGUUUCUGUGGGCGAGGGUACGGUCGCCGCCGGUUACCAGAACUUCAUCAUCUGCAUCGAGAUGUUUUUUGCAGCGCUGGCCCUACGACACGCCUUCACAUACAAAGUCUACAUGGAUAAAAGCCUCAAUUCAAGAGGACUUCUUCCUACAUAUGGAGAGUUUGGCCGCUGUGCCCCCAUGAAGAGCAUCUCCAGCAGCCUAAAGGAGACGAUGAACCCAGGAGACAUGGUCCAAGACGCCAUCCACAACUUCUCUCCAGCCUACCAGCAGUAUACGCAGCAAUCCACUCUGGAGCAGGGGGCGCCGCCGCCGGUCCUGCGCGCACACAAUCUGCUCGGGCCCCGCAGCGACACAGAGAAAACCCUCCUGCUCAGCUCAGACGAUGAAUUCUAGUGCGGAUCGUUUCCAGGACUUGUUUUAAUUUCUUCUCACUGCAGCUGAAUCUUAAUUGGGCUGAAACAUAGAGAGCGGAUGGUACACUACCCAGCCUGCUGAACUCUAAUCUAUGAUGGCUGUGUGCUCGACGUCUGUGGGACCUUCAUGCUGAAACAUUUCUGCAACACCCAAUGUCUUAUUUUGUGGUAACACACAAUGCUGAUUUAGUGCUUGGACAGUUGAAAUCCUCAGAUAGAACCUUAUUUUUAUAUUUUUGCGGAUUGUUGCAAAUUAUUAUUUUUUCUCAUCCGAUGGUUUGCCCUAGAAAUGUUAUGGCAGAUAGAGGAUAUUUGUAGAUAUUAUCUAUAUUUCUCUAGUUAUUCUACCUAAUGCAAAAUCAGGGCUGCUCAGAGGCGCAGUCGGUUGCACUGCUGCCUUGCAGAAAGAAGGUUCCGAGUUCAAUUCCCAGUCCUGGAUCUUUCAGCAUGGAGUUGGCAUGUUCUCCAUGAGCAUGCGUGGGUUCUCUUCGGCUACUCCCACUGUCCAAAAACAUGACCGUUAGAUUAAUGGGCUUCUCCAAAUUCUCCUUGGGUGUGCAUGGUUGCUUGUCCUGUUUGUCUCUGCGUUGCCCUGUCCAGGGUGUACGCCUCUCACCCAAUGACAGUUGGAGAUAAGCACCAGCACCCCUCGUGGCCCCGCUUGGGAUAAGCGUGACUGAAAAUGGAUGGAUGGAUAAUGCAAAAGCAACCACACCUCUCACAUUGCUUCUCUGCUUGAGUCAACCCCUCCCCAUUCCUGUGCUGCAUUACCAUCACUGUUAGGUGUCCCAACAAAUGCCACAUUGGCUCCAUAUUUAUUAAAUAUAUUAAGAUUUUAUAGAUAUUAUAGUUUUUAUUUCAUCUUUAAGUUAUUUUAAUUAUUUUACAUGCAAAAAAAAAAAUCUACAGAAUGCUUUGGCUUAUCUUAAAUCUAGAUUGAUGAGCCUAGAGCUGUUUCCAGCAUCAUGGGUCAAAGAAUAUGGAUUGAUAAUCAGUAAAGAUCUCAGCUAAUUGGUGGGCUGGCUGCCAGGUCCAAUGCUAAGGUCAUCAGCAUCGAUCCAUGUCGUUAUUGAUAUUAACACAAGGGAGGGAGGCAAAGAUUGCUGGAGCUGGUCCGCUGCGGGUUGGCUAAAGAGAUUUAGGUCAGAGCAGACUGCUGAUGUCAGCUCAUGUUUUUGGCGCUUUUAUUAAAUUGUAAAACAAUAAACUUU